GCUGGAGCCUAUCUCAGCUGCAUUCGGACGGAAGGCGGCGUACACCCUUAUUUGAAUAAUUUUGAGGUUUACUCACCUUUUUAAAGACACUGCUAAUAUUAUGAACAUAACUGCGCAUAGAAUAUAUCGUUUAUUUUGAACAAAGCGCGACAUUUUUAAUCAUAAACCAGGUGUUGGCGGCGUUACGUUUGUUAGCAUUACCUCAUAGCGUAGCUACAAUGGCUCCAAAGAUCACUUGUACAAGUUCCUUAUUCGACGGACUUAUUACUAUAUACGACUUUAUAUUUGAUAAGGUUCAGUUCAACCGACAUUUAUUAUCCAAACACACUCAAAAAACGUUUCAAACAUUUUAGUCAGGCAUAAUAGAGGACGCCCUUUUGCAGAAGGUGUUUGCAGCUAACUAGACGACAACGUUCAACUUGUUAGUGUUAAGCAAAGCAGCUACGCCGCGUCAGACAAAAAAACGCCCGCCGCUAGUUUCGAAUAAAGUUAGCUACGAGGAAACACUCACUUGGAGUAAAAGACAGGCAAACGUUUGCUUCAUCAAGCAGUAGCGAGCUGUUAGGACCUUUUCCCGUGUUCGGUCGUGUUCUCGCGAGAAGUGACGAGACGUCCGCAGACGCUGUCGAGCAAGAAGUAAAUAGACGCAAGUGUGAGGAGACAAAGUGCGUCUGGUGAAUCAUUCCUUCUUAAACGCUGACGAUGAAUGGAGUGAAGGUGGUGGUGGUCGGAGCAGGUGUGGUCGGAUUCUCCAGCGCCGUUUGUAUCGCCGAGGCUCUCCCUGGCUGCUCCGUCACGCUCGUGGCCGACAGGUUCAGUCCGGACACCACAAGUGAUGUCGCUGCUGGGAUCCUGUUGACCCUGGACUUCCCAGAUGUCCCGUUGGAAAGACAAAAACGUUGGUUCCAGGACGGCUUUGAUGAGCUGCUGCCCAUCGCCCAGUCUCAGCACUCCUCCGAGGCUGGCGUCCUCCUCACUUCGGGCUGUCAGAUCUUCAAGGAAGCCCCCGCUAACAAGACUCCUUACUGGUCCGACAUUGUGUUGGGCUUCCGAUUGUUGAGCGAGCGCGAGCUGAAACGCUUCCCGCAUCACACCUUUGGUCAGGCCUUCACUACCAUCAAGUGUGAAUGUAACAACUACCUGCCUUGGCUCCUUAACAGGUUCCAGAAAGCCGGCGGUCAAGUGCAGCGGACGAAAGUCACCGACCUCCGGGAGCUCGGCCUCCGCUAUGACAUCAUCGUCAACUGCUCAGGUCUGGGUUCUCGAUCCCUGGCGGGCGACGCCCAGGUGUACCCCGUCCGAGGCCAGGUCCUGCAGGUGGAGGCGCCCUGGCUGCAGCACUUCAUCCGGGACGCGGACGGGGACACCUACAUCUACCCCGGCGCGCGCUACGUCACGCUGGGCGGCGGCCGGCAGCGGGGCGAUGAGCGCCCGAUGCCCGACCCGGGAGAGAGCGACGCCAUCUUGGAGCGCUGCUGCCGCCUGGAGCCGUCGCUGCGCAACAGUCGCCCGGUGGGUGUGGUGGUGGGGCUGAGGCCUGGCAGGAAGCACCCCAGGGUGGAGAGAGAGGUGGUGCACAUGAACCAGCACAGGAGCGUGCACGUGGUCCACAACUACGGCCAUGGAGGAUGGGGGGUGUCCUUGGCCUGGGGGACCGCUGUGGACGCCCUCAAACUGAUCAAGAAGUGUCUUCAGGACACACCUUUACCUGCAAAACUGUGAUCUCCUACAGACAUUAAACACAUCCUUUACACA